ACCUGACUGGAGGACUGUAGUCAUAACUGUAGUCACCUAUAUAAGAGCUGCUCUCUGUAGCGGCUCCUUAUCAACAACAGGUGCUUAGACCUCAGUCUUCAACCGCACACGCUGAAAGAGAGGCAGGCAGGAUGAAGUUACUGUUAGCUGUUGCUGCUGUCCUUACUGUAGCCAGUUGUGCCAGCAUUUCUCUGGAAGACCUGGAGUUUCAUGCCUGGAAACUUAAGUUUGGACGGUCUUACAGCUCUCCAUCAGAGGAGUCUCACCGCAAGCAAAUCUGGGUCAACAACCGCAAACUGGUGCUGGUGCACAAUGUCCUGGCAGAUCAGGGCAUGAAGUCCUACCGCCUUGGCAUGACCUACUUUGCUGACAUGGAAAAUGAAGAGUAUAAGCAGGUGAUUGCUCUUGGCUGCCUGGGCUACUUCAACGCUUCUCUGCCUCGUCGGGGCUCUGCCUUCCUCCGGACUGAUGUUGGUGACCUGCCCGCCACCGUUGACUGGAGGGACAAGGGCUACGUCACUGAUGUCAAGGAUCAGAAGGAGUGUGGUUCCUGCUGGGCCUUCAGUACAACCGGCUCGCUGGAGGGUCAGAACUUCAAGAAGACAGGAAAGCUAGUGUCUCUGAGCGAGCAGCAGCUGGUUGACUGCUCUGGUGACUAUGGCAACUAUGGCUGUGAUGGUGGUCUGAUGGACAAUGCCUUCAGAUACAUUAAAGCCAACGGAGGGCUCGACACAGAGGAGUCCUACCCUUAUGAGGCGGAGGAUGGGAAAUGUCGUUUCAACGCUGAUAACGUUGGUGCCACAUGCACCGGGUAUGUUGAUAUCAAGCAUGGUGAUGAAGAUGACCUGAAGGAGGCUGUGGCCACCAUCGGACCAGUAUCGGUGGGCAUCGAUGCCUCUCAGGGAUCCUUCCAGCUCUACGAGUCAGGUGUGUACGAUGAGCCCGAUUGCAGCAGCUCGCAGUUGGAUCACGGUGUUCUGGCUGUGGGUUAUGGUACUGAGGACGGACACGACUACUGGCUGGUCAAAAACAGCUGGGGUCCAGGAUGGGGAGAUAAGGGGUACAUCAUGAUGACCAGGAACAAAAACAACCAGUGUGGGAUUGCCACUGCAGCCAGCUACCCCCUGGUUUGAACUAGUAAGAGGUGCAAGAUAUUCAUCGGAGAGAAGAAUAGUGACAUAUAAUUUACUUUAAUCUUUAUAUGGUAUAGUUAUGUGCUGUAAGAAAAUGUAUAUUGGCUAGGAUGCAUUUUCUCUUUUGCAUUUUUGCAAAAGGUGCAUUUCUUUACAGAACUUUUUAUGAAUAAUGUAAAUAAAUGUAAAGAAAUAAAAUGUUUUACACAGAUAUAAA